AUUGUCAACAUUCAACAAAUUCGAAUGUCAUUUUGAAAUACUGGGGUAGACAUAGCUACUAUGGUUCACAAUUUUUCUCGAAAAUUUGAAUUACAUAAUUUGCCAAAAAACUAAUUAACACUUGAUAUUCACAUUUGCUUCACGAUGUUAAAGUUUGGCGUGAAAUCUGCGUUACUUGGAUCCGCAGUGUACUACACAAUAGACAAAGGUGUGUGGAAAGAUAGUGCUACGACAGCGGCGAUAUAUGAUGAACUUGAAAAAGGAAUGUCACCAUAUGUCGGGGAACUAAAGAGCCAAGUUCCAUACGAACUACCAGCAUUACCUUCUAAUGACAGGAUAUCAUAUUUGUUCAAGUACUACUGGAAUUGCGGUGUCAAAGCUACAUUUAGAUUUUUAGUCGAAUUGCCUACCCAUACUAGUAAUGCAGCUUUCAAGACAUACGACUUUAUUUCAUCAUCUUUGGAAACUCCAGAACCACAUCAAGAAAAAGAUAAAUGAAGACUUAGUCAAUAAUUGUAAUUUAUUAAAUACUUUAAAUGUAUAAUUGACAUUUCAUCAGAUGAAUUUAGAGCUGGUGGUAAUAAGAAAUAAAAUGCAACUUUACAAAA